AUGGCGAAUACUGAGAAUUCCUUACAGGUGGAAAUUGCUGAUAAUCAACAAACUAAUGAAACUCCGAUGAAUGAUUUACCUGAAAGCUCCAAUGGAAAUGCGCCACGAAAAACAGACUGGAUUUUCAGCGAAGAACAAAUUGUUGAGAUUUUCAAGCGAAAAUAUCAACCUGAUAACUUUACCUAUGAAAACGAAUUACUUUAUCGUCAGAAAACAGGUAUGUUUAUGUUAUACAUUAACCAACGAUUGAUGUUAAGCGAAUAUAUACUAAACAUUGCCGUAGUUUAUAUGCACCGAUUCUAUAUGUAUAACUCCUUCCACCAGUUUAGUUAUAAACUCAUGGGACCCGUGUGUUUGUUUUUCGCUGCUAAAUUCGAUGAUAAAUUGCUUGCUGUUGAGCAAGUGAUUGUCGAAAGUCAAACAUAUUUCCAACAAUAUCUACAUUUAGAAAAAAACAAAACUACCAUUAAUCGGAUAGCCAAAGACUUUUUCCUUUAUGAAGAAGCCCUUUUAGUUUGUUUAAACUUCGAUUUUCGCAUUACACUACCCCAAUCUCAUAUUAUCAAAGUAUGUAACAUAAUCAAACUCGAAGGUAAAUUAGUGAAAAUAAUUAACCAGUUUGCUACAUGCUGUCUGAUUUUAACGAAGUUCUCUCUCAAAUAUACGGCAAAAACUAUCGCAUCUAUCUGUAUACAUUUGUUUAUUGAAUGGGGUAACUGGAAGAUUCCGUUGUCUUCCCAACAAAAUCCAUGGCAUUUUUAUAUGGACACUUCUCUCAAUGAACAAUUAUUGGAUGAAUUAGUGGUUGAUUUCCUUGAGGUACUUCACAACACAGACACAGAUUUCAAGAAACAGUUUCCCUUUUUAAACAAAUCCGUGUCGCCAAGUAACACGGACAACGCGCUGAAAACUGACUAA